AUGAAGCUGUCGCAAUAUUUCUGGCCCAAAAGAAGCGAGAAGCCCACCGCGCCGGCCGCCCCCACUCCCGCCCCCGCCCUCGCCGCCGGCGCGCGCGCGGGCGUCAGGCGGGGCGCCGCCGGCCGCCGGCCCUUCUCCUGCACAGACGUCGAGGCCCUCCGGCGCAAGGGAUUUGCGCAUGUCCAAGACUGGGAGUCACUGACCGUACUCCUCCCUCGAGAGUGUCGUCGCAUCUUGGAAGAGGUACCUGAACUGGAGGCUCACCUGAAGACUGCAGCACAGGUUGAUGAGAAGCCACACUUCUGUGCUUCUCCGCCUCCCCCUCCACCUGCAACAACAGCCACAGCUGCCCAUGGCACUCCAAAGAGCCGCCGCCCACGCCCUGCAUCUUGUGGUGAUUGCCCAGCUGACACAGGAGGGGCUCUUGAACCGAAGGGUGUGCCAACAUCCAGUUCAUCAUCAAGUACCGCCACUCAGCCUUCCUCCGGGUACCGAGGUUCCUCCACCAUGCUGUUGACUGACUCCAGCGGAGGACCUCCACCAACUACUGCGCCAGCCUACAAUCCACUCUUUGUGUACCGAUAUGACAGCGUAAGCUCAGAGGGAAGCAUGAUGAGCACACCAGCUCCUCCACCAAAGCGUUCUGUCUCACUUCCAAACGGCAAGAAGAAUCCUGACAAAAUCACAUCAUCUCCCUCCCCACCUCGACCACCUCUACCUAGAGGUAUACUUCGUCAACCAGAAAAGAUUCUUGCACCUGCUCAAACAACCAUCACCGCCUACAAUUGCAAGGUGCACAAGAACCAAACCAACAGCAAGCGGUACAGCAUGUUUGAACUGGGUGCAUGCAAAGGGUCUUCUUUGCUGGAAGAUGAUGAGUUUGCAGGACUCUAUGACAAUGAUGCAAAGAUGCGUCUGGGCCGAUUAGGCCCUUCAAGAGCUCGAGCACAAACCCUUGGAACUGCAAGUGAUGCUAAGGAAGCUGCGCGAAGGCUAGCAGCAUGCUUGCACCCAGAGAAGGACAUUGAUGAAGCUGAAGAUGAGGAAGCAGAUGAAGGAGUUGAUGCGGAUGUCAGUGAUGAUGUCAGUGGAGGAAGCAUUGGGGAGGUACUCCCACCCAUGCCACCAAUGCCCCAUCGGAAUGCUCCAGUGGCUGCUGUGGAUGAGCUAGUAGAUGAUGAUGAGGAGGCUGAUGAGGAAGGCGAAGGAGCUGCAUUAUCUCUUGAGGAGCUGCUGCAAGUCAGUGCCCUGUCAGCUCUGGGGCCUGCAGCAGCCGCUGCUGCAGCAGCUGCCACUGAUGGUAGCACCACUGGAUGGGAUGACACCCAAAUGCAACGCCUGCGACUGCAGGUGAGUAAAUUUUUAUUGGGCCAGCAACCAACUGAACCAGGGGCAGACUGCCGUACACCUCACAACACCCCAGAACAUCAUGCAGCUGGCUGUGCAUGUGGCCCUGCUCACAAGAAGAGCGUGAGCUUUGCAGAGAGAGCAGCUGCGUCACCACUCAGAGAAGAUCAUGAAAUGAGCCCCAGUAGCGGUUCCAUCGGUUCUAUUGGAUCGCCUACAGACACUGAACUGGCUCAUCAGAGAGGUUUGGUGAUGGCAGUGGCUGGGGCAGUUGAUGCGCUGGUGCGACUUUUCUCAACCACUCAUGACCCAGUUGUGGCAGCUCCUGCAGCUGCAGAGCUUGCCCUGACAAAACUUUGCCCAGCAUUAUAUGCAGUUCUGGGUGAUGGACUGAAAGCACGCUUGGACACCCCUUUUGGUGCUAUUCCCAACUCUGUAUGGCAGGUCGUGGAGGCAUCAGCUCAACAAGGCCCGAUGACGCAGGCGCUGAGCGAGCUGGUGCUGCGCAUCAACGGCGAGGACGUGCUGUCGGAGGGCGCGCUGCGCUUCAACGCCUUCGCCUUCGCGCUGCUCAACGCGCGCUCGCUGGACGCGUGGCUGGCGUUCGUGCGCACGCGCGAGCGCGUGCUGCGCCGCCAUUACGCGCCGGCCGCGGCGGGCUCGGGGCCGGGGCUGCUGGCGGCGGCGGCUGCCGGGGCGCCCGCCGCCCGCGCGGCGCUCGACCGCGUCGUGGCCGCGCUGCAGCCGCUCGCGCUGCUGCCCUUCCGCCUCGACCCCCUGUACGAGGCGCGCCGCCUGCACGCCAGCCUGCGCCGCCUGCGACAGCUCUCGCCGCAGGGCGCCGCGCCGUCGGCAGCCUUCUGCGAGGACGGGCCGGAGGCGGCGGGCGAAGCCGCGUCGCCCGCGCCGGGCGCCAACGCCAACAGCAGCGCCCCUGGCGGCGCGGCGCGGCAGUGGACGCUGCGCCAGCUGGUGCGCUCCAUCCAGAGCAGCCUGACGGCGUCCACGGACGAGGAGGCGGCGGCGGCUGCAGCGCUGGCCGGCGAGUCGGCGCCGCACCAUCCCAACUGCAGCGGCGCGUCCGUUUGGCGCCCGCGGAGCGCUGCCCACCUGUUGGCUGCGGGGGGGCUGGCGGCGGCGGCGGCGGCGCGGCGAUGUGGCGGCGGGCGAACGCCCGCGCGGCCGCGCCCGCCGCUCCUGCACCAACCGGUCGGUCCCGCCGGCCCCGCCGCCGCGCACGGCCGCGGCUUCUCGCUCGUCCACCGGACCUCGCCAGCACGCGCGUUUCGACCCGGCUGGCUGCUGAAGACUCUGACGAGGAGUGACACGACAGCCUGGAGCCCGCACCCCGCGCCACGGCGGGCGACCCGUGGCCGCCCGCCCCCCCGCGCCCGCGCCCACGCCCGCCUCGCGCCCUCGCCGUGCGCCGCGCCCGCACCUGCGCCCGCGCAGUCGUGCCUCGCCGCCGUCACCCACGGGCUCCACCGGGGGCACCGGCCCGCGGCGCCGUCGCCCCCAAUGGGCGGUGGAGGCAAGUCGCGCUGCAGAUGA